GACAGCAAGACCACUCUGGUGGGACUGAUGGACGCAACAACAUCUAAAGACUAACAAACUGACAAACCACACGAGACGAAAAAUGUUUUUUCAACCUGCCGUAUCUGUGCCAGCUGCUGCCUCACACAAAGUAAGUCAAUGUCUCCUCUCACUCAGUGCUGUGGACGUCAAAUUUUAAGAUCGACUGCCCCGUCUGUUGACUGAACUCUGUUCUUUCAGUUUUAAGCCUUAGGUCCAGCUGUUUGAUAAAUUCCCAUUAAAGCUGAUUCCGGAGGAUCCUGGCCUGGAAUACAAACGGGGAUGGACAGCACAGAUGAAUGGGAAGAUGCAAGAGGAGGCGGGGAGAGAGCGGACGACGGAGACAAGGAUAAGCGGCUGAAGAACGAGCUGAACGCUGAGGAAAAAGGAGAGAAGGAACUCAAAGGGAAUGACAAAGAGAAGAAGAAGAAGGAGAGCCGGCGCUCUGGUACUCUGUGGAGAAGUGGAUGGGGGCUGAGUGAAAGACUAGCCAUCAAUGUCUCAGGGAUGCGUUAUGAAACUCAGCUUCGGACCUUAGCCAGGUUCCCCGACUCCAUGCUUGGUGACCCCAGACGGCGGUCUCGAUACUUUGACCCACUACGAAACGAGCUCUUCCUGGACCGCAACCGGGCCUGCUUUGAUGCCAUUCUGUAUUUUUACCAGUCAGGGGGGCGACUUCGGAGGCCGGCGAACAUACCCCUGGACAUCUUCAUGGACGAGCUGCUGUUCUACGAGCUGGGAGAGGACGUUAUGAACCGGUUCAAGGAGGAUGAAGGCUUUCCGAAAGAGGAGGAGAGGCCCUUACCAUCCAACGAAAUCCAGAAAAGACUGUGGAUGUUGUUUGAGCACCCAGAGUCUUCGUCGGGGGCUCGUAUCAUUGCCAUCAUCAGUGUGAUGGUCAUUGUGGUGUCCAUUCUCAUCUUCUGCCUGGAGACGCUGCCUGACUUCAGGCUGGAGAAAGAGAUACGAGAGGAAAACUAUUACAAGUACCUGUCUCAUGCUAAGAACACAACAGAGAACAUACCUCCUCCACCCAGUGUUUUCCAGGACCCCUUCUUCAUUGUGGAGACCAUGUGCAUUUGUUGGUUCUCCUUCGAGCUCAUCAUGCGCUUCGCUUGUUCCCCCAGCAAGACGCACUUCUUCAAAGACAUCAUGAACAUAAUUGAUUUCAGUGCCAUCCUGCCUUAUUUUGUCACGCUGGGAACGGAGCUGGCCAAGGACAACGACAACUCUCCAGCCACAUCCUUGGCCAUCAUCAGAGUCAUCAGGUUAGUGAGGGUCUUCAGGAUCUUCAAGCUGUCUCGUCACUCCAAGGGCCUCCAGAUCCUUGGGCAGACACUGAGGGCCAGCAUGCGAGAACUGGGGCUCCUUAUCUUCUUUUUGUUUAUUGGAGUCAUCCUCUUCUCUAGCGCCAUCUACUUUGCUGAAGCUGACCACGCCAACACAGCUUUUAUCAGCAUCCCACAUGCUUUCUGGUGGGCAGUGGUCACCAUGACCACAGUGGGCUAUGGAGACAUGUACCCCGAAACAGUAUGGGGCAAAUUGGUGGGUUCUAUGUGCGCCAUCGCAGGUGUGCUCACGAUCUCUUUGCCCGUACCUGUAAUAGUGUCCAACUUUAGCUACUUCUAUCAUCGUGAGACUGAAUGUGAGGACCAAACCGAAUAUACCCACGUCAAGACUGCACUGUGGGAUGACGAGGAGGCAGAGGAAGAGGCCACAGAUGAAGAAGAUAAAGAUCUAGAGGGAGAUUAUUAUCCCAUUGAAGGCAUUUGCAACCCUCUGAAUGGGACUCUGUUGAGUGGACUUUGUACCAGUCAAAGCACAGACUGCAGAGGUGGAAAUAUGUAUCUGAGGGAACUGCUGGUUACUCAAGUGUAAGGAAAGUGAGCAUGAUUUGUACCCUUGUAAAAGCAAAUGGACAAACAAUUUGGGUAUUGAUUUAAGUCAAAUCAAAUGAUAAAUAUAUAAAAAGUAGAUUUUUUAUGACAACUUUAUUAUUUAUUACUCCUUCCAAUAGAUUGUCCCACAUGGACAAUUUACUGUUUGCACAUGUGUGUGUUGCUUGUUUAUUCAGUCGUCAAAAAACCCCCAAAUCUCUCCUUAGCUAGUCCGGAUCUUUUUGGAUCAAAGGUCCUAGUGAUGCCUGCAGAUUUCUUGCCUGUUAUGGACCUACAUAGAACCUGGCCAGCUGUACAAAUUCCUCAUGGUACAUGAGCAGUUUGCACCGCACCAUAGCUGCACAUUGUCAAGCCACGCCCCCUUCAAAGACAAUCUAAUUUUAUGAACAGGAAAGCUACAAUAUUUAUCUCCUCCAAGGUGGAAAUG